CAUGAAGGAAGUCUCAUGAUCAGAGAAACUCGAAGUUUCAACUUUGGAUAAAUAACUAUUUAUGAAGUAGUUUCCGCCAUGUUUUUCAAUGCAGACGAUGAGGAUCAAGAUUUUAUGUCGGGUGGAGGAGGAGGGUCCAAACUUGCAAACUUGUUUGGUAUGGAUAAGGCAAGCAACAAGGGAGGUAAUGAGUCUCUGACAUACACAGCGCCCAAACAACCAAAGAAAAAAGAAGCCAGCCCAGAAGGAGGAGCUGCCCCCGCCAUCCUCAGUGCUACAGUAGUUCACGCCUAUAAGUAUGUGGAGAACCAGUAUUCCAGUCAGGGGAAACUAGGCAUGGCUGUCAUCGGUAACCAUGCAACAAAAGAUUAUCGCAUCCUGCUGUAUGUAAGCAAGCAACAACAAGUCACCAAUGCCAAGAUCAGCCCAGCAUUUACAUUCAGAGUUCAGGCCAACAAUUAUGCAAGUUUUUAUGAUGAAGGCCGCCAGAGUUGGUCUCUGAUGUUUGACAAAGAAGAAACCAUCAUCAAAUUUGCAAAGGAUGUGGCGCUGUGCAAAGCUAACAGCACCAGUGGGGCCCUGGACAGCGUUGUGAUCCAGGACCUAACUCUGGGGGACGGCGGACCGCUGGAACCUGAUGACUCAGCAGAAAUCAAAUACACUGGCUGGCUUAUGACAAACAACACAUAUGGACAGGUUUUUGACAGCAAUGCUACUUCAGAAAAACUGUUCAGGUUCAAGCUUGGGAAGGGAAAAGUUAUCAAGGGGUGGGAGACAGGCAUCCUCGGGAUGAAGAAAGGGGGACGGAGAUUGCUGGUUGUACCUCCCAGCUAUGGCUACGGGAGUCAAGGGAUACCAAACAGGAUCCCUGCUAACGCAACACUCAUCUUUGAUGUGCAAGUCAUUCGGGUCAAGCUACAGAAGGGUGACUCCCCCAGCCACUCCCCCGCCCCCACCCCCGUGAUGGAGCACAAGCCUGUGGAGGAGGAUGGGGAGACAGUAAAGGGGAGAAGCAGGUCUAUCUCUGAACAGAUGGCAAAUUCACCCAAGUCUGACAAGGCCAAGCUUAUAUCACGGAUGGCCAAGAUGGGAAAGCCGAUGUUGCCGCUAGCUGGUGCUGUCGCCGCCCAGGCCGAUGAGGAGGAAGAGGAAGAAGCGCCAGAAGCUUCCCAGCCAUUCCAUGAAGAAAGUCCCAAGCCCAUAGCUCAACCUAAACCAGUAUUGCCCUCAAAGCCUGCAGCUCAUCCUGUGCCCCAGGCCGUGCCCUCCAUGGCCACGCCCAUUGUCCAGCCUCAAGUCAUGAUGGGACAGCAGGUCCCGGGACAACCAGCAUUUGUACAGAAUCUACCUGGGGCCCAGCAACUAGCAGUCUUCCAACCCACUAACAUUCUACAGCAACAGCAACAGGCCAUAGCAGUCUUCAACACUAACAUUCUACAGCAAGCAGCAAACAUGUCUGCUUUCCAGCCUCCAGCAUACCAGGCAGGACUUCAGCAGCCGUAUUCAGGGUUGUUGUUUGCAGGUGUUCCCCCAGCCCAGCCAGGCUCCACAAGUUCCUCAGGCGCCAUGGACAGUCUGGCUCCUGUUCUGCUCACAGAGACACGGCAACAGAACACAGAGAUACGACUUUCAGUCAGCAAGAUCUCCGACAAAGUAGACCGGAUCCUGGACAAGGUGAAUGUGAUAGGACCAGGAGGUGGUAUGCCACCAGCUCUACAGUCCAUGCAUGCACCCACCAUGGAGACUGGCGUACUGCUACAGAAUAUCACUAGGAUAGUACAAGAAAAUGAAACUUUAAAGAAAGAUGUAUAUGAAAAAAGUGGCAAAAUUGAAACUCAAAAUGAAAAGAUUGCAGAACUUCUGCAGAAAAAUCAAAAGUUUGUGGAACAAAGCAACACUCUCCUGGAGGAGCGGAACGAGGGCUACAAGUAUUCCGCCAACCAAUCACAGGCGAGGGUGCUGACACUCGAACAAGAGAAGGUGAAUCUGUCCACUGAGUUGAGAUACGCUUUCAACUCAGCUAGAAAGAGGCUGCAGAGAGCCGAGGAUGAGAAGCGUGUCGAGGACAUGUCUACAGCGCUACGAGAGGAGAAGAAGUACAGGAAGACUCUAGAGAGCCAGCUCAACAACAUGCAGGAAGAACAGACCGACCUCAAGUCCGCCUACAACACAAUGGAGAAGAAUCUGAAUGACAGAAAGAGGAAGACAAAUGAGGAGAGGCGAAAACUGGAAGAAGAAAUGGAAGAUAUGAAGAUCAGUUUAGAGGGUGAUAUCCAGUCUUUACGAGACCGGCUACGUAAACAGAAGACAAAUGUAGAUGUAGAGGCUGCUGAUAAGGCAGCCAGGCUGGAGGAGGACAUUGCUGGAGAGUGGCAGAAGAAGUGUGACAAGCUGCUGAAGGCGGCGUCGGACAAACACAACCGAGCCUUGACGGGAGUACAGGAGGAGAAGCGGGAACUGCAGCAGAAGAUACAGGAAAUUGAGAACAAGCUGCAGACGGCAAAGAGUAUGGGUGGUUCAAGUGAGCAGCGAGUGUCCCAACUGGAGGAGCAGGUGGAGGAUCUCUCCAUGUGGAAGGACAAGUAUGACAACCUGCGGAGUCAGGCUGCGGCGAUGAAGGAGAGGUACGAGGACCGCAUCAGUGAGCUGGAGGAGGAGCGGGAUGGGGCAGAGGAGCGGAUACAGGGCCUCAUGGUACAGGUCCAGAAACUCAAGCAGUUUGCAGCGCCCUCUGGUGGAGCCCAGGCACCCGUGUCUGCCGAUGUUGUGGGAGAGGUGAAGAAGAUCAUGAACAGUGUGUAUCGUGGACUGAGGGAGGAGUUUGAUGCGGAGGAGUCGUACACAGGGGAAGAAGUCCUCAAUGCCAUCCUCAACGCCAUCAAGACCACAACUCUACAGCUGGUCCAGCGACAGCAGUCUGAGGGGGGUAAGACAGAGACGGAAGAAGAGGACGAUGAAGAAGAGGAAGAGGAGGAGGAAGAAGAGGAGGAUGUAGAAGAAGAAGAGACACAUAAACCCGUUCCAGUAAAGGUAGCAGAAACUGUGAGACAGACCAGCACUUCUGCAACAGAGCCCACCCCAGAACUACCGCCAGAACCACCACAAGCAGCAGAACCUGUAUCAGAACCGGUGACUGAACCAGUAGCCAAACCAGUGACUGAACCAGUAGCCAAACCAGUGACUGAACCAGUAGCCAUACCAGUGACUGAACCAGUAGCCAUACCAGUGACUGAACCAGUAGCCAAACCAGUGACUGAACCAGUGUCAGAAGCUGUGACGGAACCUGUGAUAAAAUCUGUGACAGAAUCUGUGUUAGAGUCCGUGACAGAGCCUGUGACAGAGCCAGUCACAGAGCCAAUCACAGAGCCAAUCACAGAGCCAGUGGCAGAACCAGUCACAGAAUCAUCACAGACUCCUGAGACUGAGCAGACGGAUGCAGCCCCUCCCCCCGGUGAACCAGCAGACCCAGUGGAAUCAAUAAUGAAGAGGUCUACGGGAAAGGCUUCAAAAGCCCAGCCCAAGAUGUCCAAAUCCACAAACAAGCCAACAGGUGACAAAGGAAAUCCUUAUCAUAAAGAACAUUUGGACAAAGCUGGCGCCAUUGAACCAGUUGUGGCUAGUUCAACUAACCAAGCUUUGAGCGCCCAACCCAAGAUGUCCAAAUCCACAAACAAGCCAACAGGUGACAAAGGAAAUCCUUAUCAUAAAGAACAUUUGGACAAAGCUGGCGCCAUUGAACCAGUUAUGGCUAGUUCAACUAACCAAGCUUUGAGCGCCCAACCCAAGAUGUCCAAAUCAACAAACAAGCCAACAGGUGACAAAGGAAAUCCUUAUCAUAAAGAACAAUUGGACAAAGCUGGCGCCAUAGAACCAGUGAUGGCUUGUUCAACCAACACAGCAUUAUCCUCUGCUGCCCCCUCUCGGAAGUCAGAUGUCAUUGAACCUGUGAUGUCCAGCUCUGUUAGCCAGGCUCUUGGAGACAAAGGGAACCCUUACCACAAGAAAGACCUGGAUAAGUCAGAAGAACCUAAGAUGUCCAAAUCCGCAAGUAGCACAACAAAUCAGGCUCCCCCUAAAGGAAAGGCUGACAUUAUUCAACCUGUGAUGUCCUCUUCUGUAAGCCAGGCUCUUGGAGACAAAGGGAACCCUUACCACAAGAAAGACCUGGAUAAGUCAGAAGAACCUAAGAUGUCCAAAUCAACAAGUAGUUCAACACAUCAGGCUCCCCCUAAAGGAAAGACUGACAUUAUUCAACCUGUGAUGUCCAGCUCUGUUAGCCAGGCUCUUGGAGACAAAGGGAACCCUUACCACAAGAAAGACCUGGAUAAAUCAGAAGAACCUAAGAUGUCCAAAUCAACAAGUAGUUCAACACAUCAGGCUCCCCCUAAAGGAAAGGCUGACAUUAUUCAACCUGUGAUGUCCUCUUCUGUAAGCCAGGCUCUUGGAGACAAAGGGAACCCUUACCACAAGAAAGACCUGGAUAAGUCAGAAGAACCUAAGAUGUCCAAAUCCACCAGUAGUUCAACACAUCAGGCUCCUCCUAAAGGAAAGGCUGACAUUAUUCAACCUGUGAUGGCUUGUUCAACCAACACAGCAUUAUCCUCUGCUGCCCCCUCUCGGACGGGGAUGUCAUUGAACCUGUGA